AUGUCGGCAGCAGCAGCUCAACAAUCUAUCACACAGGGGGCUCUAGACGCCAUCUUCAGCGACCCAGAGCAUGUCGAGCAGCUCUUCCCAGUUCCUAUUCUGCAAUGUCUACAAAUAAAGCCUCUCGGCCCACAGCAAGGAGCUGCCGGCCAGCCCGACCGCUACCGUGUUGUCUUAAGUGAUAUACGCAAUUAUGUCCAAUGCAUGCUGGCAACACAGGCCAACCAUGUAAUCCACAAUAACUCUCUUGUCCGCGGAGCUCUGGUUCGGAUUAAGUCGUAUCAAGCAAAUUCAGUCAAGGGAAAGAAUAUUCUAAUUAUCCUUGACCUUGACGUCGCUACUGAGCUCGGUGUUCACGACCGGAUUGGCGAACCCCAAGCAUUCGAAGCUAAGCCGCAAGCUGCUAAUACUACAGCAGCCAUAGUCGGAACCUGUAUCGUCACGUAUGGGCGGAGCUACAACACCACAUCUCACGGCAAUGGAAACAAUGUCAUCUACCCUAUCGAGGCUCUCUCACCCUAUGCGCACAAGUGGACUAUUAAGGUUCGUGUAACACAGAAGUCCGACAUUAAGACCUGGCAUAAGGCUUCUGGCGAGGGUAAAUUGUUCUCCGUCAAUCUUCUCGACCAGAGUGGCGAAAUAAAAGCGACCGCGUUCAACGAGCAAUGCGACCAAUUCUACGAUUUAUUACAAGAGGGCCAGGUCUACUAUAUCAGCAACCCAUGCCGUGUUUCUCUCGCAAAGAAGCAAUUCACUAAUCUUCCUAACGACUAUGAACUCGCCUUUGAACGGGAUACUGUCAUUGAGAAAGCCGAGGAUCAGGCCAGUGUGCCUCAAGCCCGCUUUAAUUUCGUCAACAUCGAAGAGCUCCAGAACGUAGAAAAAGAUGCUACUGUUGAUGUUAUUGGUGUGCUGAAGGAAGUUGGUGAGGUCUCUUCGAUCACUUCUAAGAACACCGGAAAGCCGUUUGAUAAGCGCGAAUUAACUUUGGUUGACGAUACUUCAUAUGCCGUACGCCUUACGAUAUGGGGUAAGACCGCCACUACAUUUACCACUCAACCAGAAUCUAUCGUUGCAUUCAAAGGGGCGAAGGUGUCUGACUUCGGUGGUCGAUCCCUUUCUCUUCUUUCCUCUGGCAGCAUGAAUGUUGAUCCUGACAUCGAAGAGGCUCACCGUCUGAAGGGCUGGUAUGACUCCCAAGGCCGUACCGACAACUUUUCUACUCACAACAAUAUGGCAUCUAUGGGUUCCGCCACAGGUCGUGUCGACCAAGCGAAGGUAAUUUCCCAGGUGAAGGACGAGGGCCUCGGCACGGAAAAUACGGACUACUUCAACCUGAAAGCCACAAUCGUCUAUAUUAAGCAGGAUAAUUUCGCGUAUCCUGCGUGUAGCAGUGAACAAUGCAACAAGAAAGUAAUCGAACAAGGUGACGGUACAUGGCGGUGUGAGAAGUGCGAGAUUUCUCACCCACGGCCACAAUACAGAUACAUCAUGAGUGUAAACGUAAACGAUCACACCGGCCAGCUCUGGCUAUCAUGCUUCGACGACGUCGGGCGCGUCAUCAUGGGCAUGUCAGCCGAUGAGUUGAUGGAGAUCAAAGAAAACGACGAAGACAGGUUCCCUACCAUAUUCGAAGCGGCCAACUGCACCAAACUUCAUUUUAGAUGCCGGGCCAAGACGGAUACGUACGGCGAAAACUCACGGGUACGCUACCAGGUGAUGAGUGCUAACCAGCUGGACUUCCGAGCUGAGGCCCUGAAGUUAUCCGACAUGAUCAAGCAAUUCGGUAUCAGCUCGUGA